AAGGUAUAGUUUUUUCUUUGGCCUUUUUUGACUCAUAACUAAUUUCAAACUCACUAUACCUUGAGAUCUCUAAAUCUAAUUGCUAGAUCCUCCUUAAUGCAAAUUCAACCACAUACAUGCUUCUUCAUCAAUCAAACCAUAUAAAGAUAUUUUUGCAGCAUGAUUACCAAAAUAUUAGCAAAGAAUCUAACACUCCAAAUUCUUCUUCUCACCACUCUUACCUUAACCAUAACAAAAACCUCUGCAUCUGUCUUCAACAACGUUACCUGCACAAACACAAAAACAUUCUCACCAAACACCACUUUCCAUUCAAAUCUCAAAACCCUUCUCUCCUCCCUCUCUUCCAACGUAAUCAACGAUGUUAGAUUCUUCAACACAACAUCCGGAAACGGUUCAGACAAAGUCUACGGUCUCUACAUGUGUCGUGGAGAUGUUCCAUUCGCUUUAUGCAGAGAGUGUGUUGGUUUUGCGACGCUUAAGAUUCCAUCAUCGUGUCCUUCUUCAAAAGAAGCUGUUAUCUGGUACAACGAGUGUUUAUUAAGAUAUUCAUAUAGAUUCAUUUUCUCCAAAAUGGAAACAUGGCCUAGGUACAAGAUCGAGAUUCCAAUGGGAGACCCUGGUUUGUUACAUAGUAGAGGCUUUUAUGCUGGUUUGAGAUCUGUUUUGAAUGAACUUCCGAAAGAAGCUGCGGUUUCUCUUUCUGGUUUUAACAAAUAUGCUGUUAAGCAAGAAAAUGCUUCUGAUAGUGUGACGCUUUAUGGUCUUGCUCAGUGUACGCCGGACUUGUCGACCGGUGACUGUAGGCGGUGCGUCGGUGAUGCAGUGGAUGAGUUUCCUAAGACUUGUUGUGGUGGUAGCAUAGGUGAAACUGUUUUGUUUCCGAGUUGUUUUGUUAGGUAUGAGACAUAUCCGUUUUAUCAGCAUUCGGGAACUUCUGCAUCGAUAUCAACUUCAGUUAAUGGAGGAAGAAAUAUUCCAACACAUGUGACUGCCAUCAUUGCUAUUUUGGUUGUCAUUUUGGUGGCGAUUUCUUGCAUUGGCUGCUGUUUGUUAUGGAUCAAAUCGAAGAAGAGACGCAAAGCCAGCAAACCCAGUGACAGAGAAAAUCUUGUGCUCGAAUUUAAUAACUCGGAGUCACUGGAAUUCGAUUUUGCUACAAUUGAAAUAGCAACAGAUAUGUUUUCUGAUGAUAGCAAAAUAGGCAGAGGUGGAUAUGGACAAGUUUUCAAGGGAAUUCUUUCUAGUGGACAAGAAAUAGCUGUGAAGAGGUUGUCCAAAACAUCAGGUCAAGGAGCAGAAGAAUUCAAAAAUGAAGUCAUGUUAAUAGCCAAACUUCAACACAGAAAUUUGGUGAGGUUAAUCGGAUUUUGCCUUGAAGAACAAGAAAAGAUACUUAUCUAUGAAUAUGUGCCUAACAAAAGUCUUGAUCACUUCCUAUUUGAUUCAAAGAAGCAAAAACCAUUAACUUGGCCCGAACGGUUUAGUAUCAUAAAAGGGAUUGCUCGAGGAAUUCUUUAUCUUCAUGAAGAUUCUCGUCUCAAGAUUAUACAUCGUGAUAUCAAACCAAGCAAUGUUCUUCUAGAUAACAAUAUGAUUCCAAAAAUAUCUGAUUUUGGCAUGGCAAGGAUGGUAGAUAUAGAGCAAAUUCAAGGACAUACAAAUAGAGUUGUGGGCACAUACGGUUACAUGUCUCCGGAAUAUGCAAUGCACGGACAAUUUUCAGUGAAGUCAGAUGUUUUCAGUUUUGGAGUUAUGGUUCUUGAGAUUAUCAGCGGAAAAAAGAAUUCUUGUACAUUUGAAUCAUGUCGUAUUGACGAUCUACUGAGUUAUGCUUGGAACCAAUGGAAAGGUGAGUCCCCAUUUGAGAUGUUGGAUCCAAUAAUGCAAGAAUCAUAUGCUCCAAAUGAAGUAGAAAAGUGUGUGCAAAUUGGUUUAUUGUGUGUCCAAGAAAAUCCAGAUGAUAGGCCUACGAUGGGAACAAUUGUUUCAUAUCUUAAUAAUGUCUCAAUUGAAAUGCCAUUUCCUAUGGAACCAGCAUUUUUCAUGCAUGGCAGAACAAGAAGAAAUUCAGCUGAUCAAUCAUAUUCAGGUCACUCCACCAACCACUCUUUCUCCUCAAGUGUACGCCCUCGAUAGUCGAGUUUCAUACAUAUAUUUCAACUGAAUUUUCUAAUACACUCACACACUCUACGCAUCAACUACUUGUAUUAUACCCCGGUAAUCUCGGUGGUGUCUCAUUCACACAUGUGUCUAUAAUUUUGUAUUUUUAUAGGUUAAUUUUGCUAUGUUAUUUGAUAAAAUAUGUAUUUUUACUUACAUUAAAUAGGGAUUGGAUGAAAUUUAUAUUACACUUAUAGUAUUGUUAAAUUUUAAUCAAAAAUGGUUUCAAAUGAUUUAAUCAGUUUAAAUAUGAAGAAUUUUAGUCACGAUAAGCAAACAAUAUUUUUUUUUUUUGAAAAUAGAUUGGUUUAAAUAUUAGAAUUUUUUUAAGAAUUAAACUCAUUGAAAAAUUAUUAACACACUUUCUCCAAAGUUAAUAUAACAAAAAAGAUUGUUAUAUUUGUCGGGCUCAAUUAUAAGAAAACUUCAAUUAAUUC